AUGGAGAAGACAGCCAGUAGCAUCCAAGGGGAGAGCGAGAGCGAGAGGGUGAGGGAGAAGGGAUCUGCGGGGUUCGAAGCACAAGGCUCAGGCCCCCGCGGCUCCAUCACUCCAUCAGGCACUCCAGCGACAGCGCUGGGACAGAAAUCGCCAGGUGUUCAACGGGUGGAAGCGAUUUCUUCAGUCAUUACCCUUACCGAUCGGGUUCUUCUGUUCAUCUGGGUUUUUCUGGUCGCCUACGUCUACGGCCUCGACGGGAUCCUUCGCUAUACAUACCAGCCAUACGCGACCGCAAGCUAUGCCGAACAUUCACUCCUGGCGACCGUUUCCGUGCUUCGAUCGGUCAUCGCAGCGGCUGCUCAGCCCACCGCGGCCAAGAUUGCCGAUGUCUUCGGCCGCGUCGAGCUUGUCUGCGUGUCGGUGGUCUUCUAUGUCGUCGGGACCAUCGUCGAAGCGACAUCCAACGGCGUCAGCUCGUUUGCCGGCGGAGCCGUGCUUUACCAAAUCGGCUAUACGAUGAUGAUUCUUCUCAUCGAAGUCAUUGUCGCCGACAUCAGCUCGACUCGCGCCCGGCUCUUCUUUAGCUACGUGCCCACCCUCCCUUUCAUCAUCAAUACCUGGGUGUCGGGAGAUAUCUCGCAGGCGGUUCUCGACCACUCGAGCUGGAACUGGGGUAUAGGCAUGUUUGCCAUCAUCUAUCCAGUCUGCGCACUGCCACUACUCGUCCACCUGUUUCUCAUUGCCCGCCGGACCAAAAAGGCUGGGAAACUGGACAACUACAAAACCCCGUUCCAAGAACUAGGCUUCAAGGGACUCGCUGUUCAGCUUUUCUGGCAAUUGGACGCCAUCGGAAUCGUCCUCAUCAUUGCCGUUUUCGCCCUGAUCCUCACCCCGCUGACCAUUGCCGGUGGGUUUGCGUCGCAAUGGCGCACGGUCAAAAUCAUCCUCCCUCUGGUUCUGGGCAUUCUGUGCAUCCCUGUCUUUGUCAUCUGGGAACUCAAGGCUCGCCAUCCCCUGGCACCGUUUCAUCUGAUGAAAAAUCGCGCCAUUUGGGCCGCCUUCGGGAUCGCAUGUUUCAACAAUUUCACCUGGAGCUUGGUGGCAAACUACCUCUUUACCGUGCUGAGGGUAGCGUUCAACUUUUCCGUCAGCGGAGCCACGCGCAUCACCUCCUUGUACAGCUUCGUUUCAGUUGUCACGGGAUUCAUCCUGGGCGCCGUGGUGUUCCUUGUUCGGAGGCACAAGUACUUUAUUGUGUUCGGCACGUGCCUGUCCAUGGUGUCGUUCGGCCUCCUCCUCCACUAUCGAGGCGGAACCUCCUCGUCUGAUAAGUCCGGCGUCAUCGGAGCCGAAGUGCUCCUCGGAUUUGCCAGUGGAUUCUACCCAUAUCCGACCCAGGCGGCUUUGCAGGUUGUGCUGAAGCAUGAACACCUUGCCGUCAUGACCGGGCUGUAUCUUGCCAUUCAGAACGUCGGGUCGGCCUUUGGGAACACCGUCGCGGGUGCGAUCUGGACCCAGGUGCUACCGUCGACGCUCGAUCGCAACCUGGCAUUUUCCGGGAACGCCACGUUGGCCAGCUUCGUGUAUGGAGACCCCUUUUCCGCCAUUGCCGAGUAUCCAAUCGGCACCGAGGUUCGAGAUGGCAUCAACGCCUCGUACCAGCACGUCCAGCGACUGCUUUGCAUCACGGCGCUGUGCUUGGCCGUGCCGCUGGUGGCGUUCACUUUGUUCCUGAGAAAUCCAAGACUCAACAACGAACAAACGUUGGCAAAGGGCGUCGACAGUGACGUCGACAGUGACGUCGACAGCGAUGACCGAUCUGUGAGGUCAGUGGCUUAG